AUGUCGAAGAUUCUUGUUGUUUUGCAAAUGUUUGUAAUUUUAAUUGCUCUAGCAGUAGCCUAUCCAGUUGGUGAAGUGAAUUCUUCAACUGGUCAACGUGAAGGCAAGCAAUUUGGAUUUGGAUCUGGUGGUUAUCCGCAAGGAGGAUUUGGUGGGCCAGGAGGUUUUGGAGGACCUGGCGGUGCUUAUGGUCAAGGCGGUUAUGGUGGUGGUCAUCAUGGAGGUGGUCAUCAUCAUGGUGGUGUUGGCGGUUAUGGUCCAGGUUUUGGAGGUAUUGGGCCUGGUUAUGGAGGUGUUGUUCCUGGUUAUGGAGGUAUUCCCGGUUACGGAGGUGGAUACGGUGGUGGUUUUCAACAACCUUAUAACAGACAUAGAGGAUAA